AGAAAGGAAACGAUUAUAUUAGAAAUCAAUGUGAUGGUUUAUCUCUGAUUAGUCCUGUUAAUUCGUACUUCUGAAUAUCCAAAGAGAAACAAAUUCAAACCGUUGUAGUUAGUUGCUCUCAAUUCUUCGACUUACAAUGACGAACUCAAUGGGUCCUCCACCUCCCAAAAACCCUAAUCCUAAUCCUCACUCUUCCCAAUCCACCACCAAUCAACCACCACUAUCACCGCCACCGUCUCAUUCCACCACCAAUUCAUCACUACCUGAACAACUACCACCGUCCGAUUCCACCACCAAUUCAUCGUUUCCCGAACCACCACCACCGUCCGAUUCCACCACCAAUUCAUCACUACCUAAAAAACUGCCACCUUCCGAUUCCACCACUAAUUCAUCAUUUCCAGAACCACCGCCACCACCGUCUGAUUCCACCACCAAUUCGUUAUUUCCCGAACCACCUCCACCGUCGGAUUUUAAAACCCCUAAACCUUCUCAAGGUGUAGCGGUUCCGUAUAAGAUUCCUAAUUGGAGUGCUGCACCUUGCCAUGAAUUCUAUCUUGAGGUUCUCAAGGAUGGUUCCAUUAUUGAUAAAUUUAAUGUGCAUGAGAAAGGUGCUUAUAUGUUUGGAAGAUUGGAUCUUUGUGACUUUGUGCUUGAACAUCCUACUAUUUCUAGGUUUCAUGCUGUUAUACAGUUUAAGAGAAGAGGAGAUGCAUAUCUCUAUGAUCUCGGGAGUACUCAUGGCACAUUUUUGAACAAAAAUCAGGUGGAGAAAAACACGUACAUUGACUUGCAUGUUGGUGAUGUCAUUCGAUUUGGCCGGUCAUCUCGGAUAUUUAUUCUUCAAGGACCAUCGGAGUUGAUGCCUCCUGAGACAAAUGUAAAACUUAAAAGAGAAAUGAAGAUGCGGGAAGUAAUGCGUGAUAGGGAAGCUUCACUCCGACGAGCAAAGCUGGAAGCAUCUGCUGCUGAGGGUAUAUCAUGGGGUAUGGGUGAGGAUGCCAUUGAAGAAGAUGAGGAUGAUGUUGAAGAAAUAACGUGGCAGUCAUAUAAAGGACAGCUUACAGAAAAACAGGAAAAAACCCGUGAGAAAAUAAUAAAAAGAAUGGAAAAGAUUGGUAACAUGAAGAAAGAAAUAAAUGCUAUACGAGUUAAAGACAUUUCUCAGGGUGGGUUAACUCAGGGUCAACAGACUCAGAUUGCUAGGAAUGAGCAAAGAAUGGCACAGAUAUUGGAAGAACUUGAAAAUUUGGAAGAAACACUGAAUGAUAGUAUUAAAGAAAGUUUAGGUGCACGUACGGGAAAGCCAUCUCAUGGGAAGAAGAAAGGUGCAGUGGAAGAAGAAGAAGAUUAUUUUAGCGAUGAUGAUGAUGAUGAAUUUUAUGACCGUACAAAGAAAAAGCCUUCUCAAAAGAAGCCCGGUGACAACCAGUCAAUCGAGACUGCAGAGACUCUUCUUGAUAAGAGAGAUACUAUUGUGAAGGAAAUGGAUGAAAAGAAUGAGUUGCUUAUGACUGAGAAGAACAGAAUGUUGUCCGAGAGUACCACACAACAAGCUGAGGUUGAUGAUUCACUUGAUGCUUACAUGUCUGGACUUUCAUCUCAACUAGUGUAUGAUAAAAGUGCGAAGCUUGAGAACGAAUUAGCAACUCUUCAGUCUGAGCUAGAUAGGUUAUCCUACCUGUUGAAGAUUGCUGACCCAACAGGAGAAGCUGCUAAGAAAAGAGAGUUAAAAGCACUAGAGCCCAAACCAGAAAAACCCGAAGAAGUUGCCUCUACUAUCAUGAAGAAACCACCUGCAGAAACCCAGAAAAGCAGUGAGCCUUGUGCGAAGGAAGACAACAAUAAACCACAUGUGGAAACCCAGAAAUUUAGUGAUGCUUGUGUUAUGGUAUCUGACAAUAAACCACAUGUGGAAACCCAGAAAAUUAGUGAUGCUUGUGUUAAGGCAGAUGACUCUGUUAAUGAAGCGAAACCUGCAGCCACAACUGUGGAUUUGGAUAAGUCACAACCUGGGCAUGACAAAUCGGAGACUGAGAAUGCUGUAUUUGUUGUCCCAAAGCCUCAGUGGCUUGGAGCUGUAGAGGACAGGGUUACAGAUGAUAAGCAACAGCUGGCGACCUCUCUUCAUCCGCAUGAGAUGGACGAAUCUGAUCAGUUUGUUGACUACAAAGACAGGAACAAAAUUUUGGGUGGUGAUGAUGAUGCAAGCACUUCACUGGAAUCUAGAAUUCAGUCUGCUGCUCCUGGUCUAAUUUUAAGAAAACGGAAGCAAGUUGAGAUAACUGGAACAAGCAGUAGUGAUGCCUCUCAGCAGUCGACGUCUUCCACCUCAGGUGAACAAACGGCUGAGGAUGCUGUGGCACUAUUAUUGAAGUACAAAAAGGGACUAUAUGCUGCUGAUGAUGUAAGAGAUGAAAGCCAAGAGAAGAGGCCUAAACGAGUGCUUGGGCCUGAAAAACCAUCAUUUUUAACUGAUGAGACAAAUAAUGCAACAUGGGUUCCUCCCAAAGGACAAUCAGGUGAUGGGCGAACUUCCUUGAAUGAUAAAUAUGGCUACUGAGAUAGGAUGAAGUAAAACAUUGUUCAGUGGAAGAAAGGAGUUCAGACUCUGCAUAUUUACCUGAGAAUGUAUCAGUGAAGGAUCUGGCUGAACCUGCUCAGUAUUGACAUACUUCCGUAGAGCUGGAUAAUGUAUGACUUUCAGCGACCUACUUUCUUUGCUAAGCUGAACUGAGAGAAUGAUCAAGUUUGUUGGUGAAAGGACUACUGUAAGUAGUAUAACUGAGAAAGGGCAGGGUAUAAGGUCUAAAAGUAGUUAACAUUGCCGGUUGAGUUCGACUUUGCUUAUUACUAAUGACAUGCCUCCCUCGUGUACAGUCACAUGAAUUGCAUAGCGAGUUGCUUUUGUUUCUAUGAGAAGUUCUGAAUCAAGUGGCCAAUACUACCAAUGAAGAUUAACCCAAAAAUCAUAGACAACUGCUGCUGUCCUUUGGAAACAUAUUUAAGCAUUUAAGCAUGAGAAACAUUUAUUAUUCGAUAACAAUUUUGUUUCGCUUGUUAUUUGCUUCCAGAGGAGAGUAAAAGGUUAUGGUUAGUAUUAAAAAGUAAUUAUAUAAAAAGAAAGCUUUUGCAA